UUUCCUCUUCCUCCGAGCGCUGGCCGUCCUGUCAGACAGCUGGAGUCCUGCUAUGUGGUUCAGGUCGCUGGCCGUGAGCGCCUGCACCGUCGGAGUCCUCGGAGCUUUAUCGCAGAAAUUCGUCCCCACAGCCUUGUUUCACUCCGUGUUUCGGAAAUCCUCUCUGGUGGAACAAUCCGACAUGAAGGUGGAACUGCUACCUGCUCUCACUGACAACUACAUGUACCUCCUCAUCGAUGAAGAAACGAAAGAAGCUGCCAUAGUCGACCCUGUUGAGCCACAAAAAGUUGUGGAUGCAGUCAAAAAGCACGGUGUGAAGCUCAAAACUGUCAUGACCACUCACCAUCACUGGGAUCAUGCUGGAGGAAAUGAGAAGCUGGUGAAGCUCAUGCCGGGACUGACAGUGUACGGCGGAGAUGAUCGAGUCGGAGCUUUAACUCAGAAAGUCACACACUACAACACUUUUAAAGUGGGCUCUCUGAAUGUAAAGUGUUUGUUUACACCGUGUCACACCAGCGGUCACAUCUGCUAUUUUGUAACAAAAGAAAACAGCACUGAAGCACCAGCUGUGUUUACGGGUGAUACUCUGUUCGUGGCUGGCUGCGGGAAGUUUUUUGAAGGCACCGCUGAUGAGAUGUACAGAGCUCUAAUUGAGGUUUUAGGCCGACUUCCACCAGAAACGCGUGUGUACUGUGGUCAUGAAUACACCAUCAACAAUCUGAAGUUUGCACGACACGUUGAGCCAAAUAACGAGGCCAUCCGGACAAAGUUAUCAUGGGCCAAGGAGAAAUAUGAUAACGGAGAGCCAACUAUUCCAUCUACAGUGGCCGAAGAGUUCACAUUUAACCCCUUCAUGAGAGUAAGAGAGAAGUCAGUACUGGAGCACGCUGGCACCAGUGACCCGAUUGAAGCCAUGAGAAGUAUCCGCAAGGAGAAGGACGGCUUUAGAGUCCCGAAGAAUUGAGCUUUCAGAAUUGUGUUUGUGAUGGUCAUUACCACUAAACUUUUACACACUCGUUUCAUCAACCACAACAGGAAGUCAGACACACAUGCGCAAACUCCAUUAGUUUUUACAUACAGUAUAUGCUUCGUUUAUAGCAAAAGCACAAUUAUUCAGCUGUUUAUUUCCAGAUCUUCUUUUUUUUCUUAGGACAGCGUAUCAUCUUAAAUAAGCAAUACACAAGAAUGUUUUCCUGUAAAACAAUGUAAUUCAUUGUUGUAAGCAAUAGAUCAAUCAAAAAACAUUAUUUCCAAUGUUUUUGUCUUUGAAAGAAUACAUUUAUGCCAUUGAUUUGCAUUUAAAGGUACCAGAUCUGUGCUGUAGGUAAAAUUUACAUACAGUAUGUAAGUUUUCAUUUUGGGCAAUUUCAGCUUUCGCGAGAAUCCAGGUUAUGAUAUGUGGUAAAUGAUAGUUUUAUUUCAGAGUGUUUGUAUUGAUGUGCAAUGUUUUAUUUUGUGAAUCAAAAGUUAAUUAUUUUUAAAGAUGUUAUGGGAUCUUAUGAACAAAACGAGGUGUUCCAGCAAAGAUAUAUUUGGUGUAUUUUUGUGUCCAUGAUAAAAAAAAAUUGCAUUUAUUUUGCUGUGUCCGGAUGAUUCUGAAUGUAGAAAAUAUUGAGCAAUGCGUACUGGUUUCAGCUUUUUUUUCUUCUUGAUUUAGUUUUAAUUGUUUUUUUGCUGAUCUUGCACUUUUUGUCAUCAAAAGUAACAAGAAGAUUUAAUAAUAAUUAGUGUUCAAACUGAAUAAAGUCUUAAUGUAAAUAUA